AGUACCCGAAAAAAGAGUUCAAACUUGCAGAUAUUAGGAACAUGUUUUUUGGGACAGAAAAGAAGGAAAAAGAAGGAGGUCUCUCUGAUAUGGAAUGUCGCUAUGCGGCGGCUGGGUAUUUGUUGUAUGUCCUUGCGUCGGUUAUAUUUCCUGACAGCAAAGGUAACCGGGUGAGCGCCAACCUUCUUCAGCUUUUGGAUCCCUUGGAAGAUGUGAGCAAGUACUCUUGGGGGACUGCCAUAAUUGCACACCUGAAUGGUCAGCUUUCUCAGGGAUCUCGCAAACUAACUUCUCAAAUUAAUGGGAAUUUGGCUCUAAUCCAGGUGUGGAUUUAUGAUCAUUUCCCAUCAUUGAUCAAAGAUAAUGAAGAUGUGGAACUCAACCCACAAUGGAGCAGAGGUAGUCCAACGGGAACCAAAUACUUGUUCACUGGUUCUCAAGAUAGGGAACAAACUGAUGCGUUGAUAUAAAUGCGUCAAAAACUUGACAACAUCACGGCUAAAGAGGUAGUCUUCAAUCCGUACAAGAACAAUAGAGUUGGCGCAAUGGAAGAUGUCGUGUAUUACCAUGGCCCUUUGUUUCAUCCUAACGGUUUUUCAAUGUACAAUCCGAUAAGAAUCCUGCGUCA